AAUUAUACUGCACCAACUGAGUUUAUUUUUAUUGGCUUCACAAAUUAUCUACCACUCCAAAUCAUUCUCUUCCUUUUGUUUUUGGUCAUCUACAUUUUGACCUUGGUGGGAAACACUGGUGUGAUAAUUCUGGUCAAUAUUGAUCCUAAUCUUCAAACUCCCAUGUAUUAUUUUCUUAGUAAUCUCUCCUUUCUAGAUAUCAGCUACUCCACAGCCAUCACUCCCAAGAUGCUAGCAAACUUCUUAGCUUCUAAGAACAUUUCCCUGUAUGGUUGUGCCCUUCAAAUGUAUUUCUUUGCUUGCUUUGCUGAUGCAGAAUGCCUCAUUCUAGCUGCAAUGGCCUUUGACCGCUAUGCAGCUAUCUGCAAACCAUUGAUGUAUUCAACACUUAUGUCCAAGAAAGUGUGUGUUUCCUUCAUUGUCUUGGCUUAUUUCAGUGGAAGCAUGACAUCACUAGUUCAUGUAUCUCUGACGUUCAGGUUGCCAUUGUGCAGAUCCAAUGUCAUCAAUCACUUUUUCUGUGACAUACCACCAUUACUAGUGUUGUCUUGUGCCAAUACCUCCCUCAAUAAGAUGCUGCUCUUUGCUUUAUGUGGCUUCAUCCAGACCAGCACUUUUGUGAUCAUUGUCAUUUCUUACUUCUGUAUCCUCGUAACAGUCCUAAAUAUUAAAUCACCUGGAGGUAGAAGUAAAACCUUUUCCACUUGUGCUUCCCACCUAGUAGCUGUAGCUUUAUUCUAUGGGACACUUCUGUUCAUGUACUUACGUCCCACCACCAAAUACUACCCAGAGACAGAUAAAGUGGUUGCUGUUUUUUAUACUGUGAUCUUCCCCAUGUUGAACCCUUUUAUAUACAGUUUGAGAAACAAAGAUGUGAAAAAUGCAUUCCAAAAAAUGUUGGACAGAAUAUCUCCAAACCAAUAG